AAAGCCAAGACAACUUCUUCUGGCCCUGGCAGCCCUCAUCAUCAGUGGAAACUCAACAAGUGCUUCCCGGCAGCUCAACAUGUCUCCUAAACUCAACACGUAUUGGCUCUCUGCUGUGAUGCUGUGCGCUCUGCUGCUGUGCGCCCUCGGAGCUCCGGUUGGAGACUCACCCACCGACAGCCCGGAAGCCGGUGACACCUCAGGUGAAGAGGAAGUGGAGCCCAACGACCUACUUAACAACUCCGAGGUCUGGGAUCUGAUCCUUGGAGCAACCAAACGUCACGAAAACGAGUUUGAAAAUGAAUUCCACAAUCAGGUGAAAUAUGAAUUUCUGGAUGAGUACAAAAUCUCCUCACUUCCAGAGCGCUGCCCUUACACCAACUUCACCAAGGAGGAUUGUCUUAAAAGGUUGGUCCAAGGUGUGCAGAUCUACACAGUUCUUCUCAGGCACGUGGAGAAGGAGUACCCCAACAGCUUGAUCUGCGCUGAGGUCAAAUCCAACAGCGGCCGACUGAUUAACGUGAUCAAACACAAAAUGAAGAACCCUGAGCAGGUGACGGCGCUGACCAGCAGCCAGGAAGUGCAGCUGCUGAAGGACCUCGACAACCCCAACACCUUCCACAGAAAGAUGACUGCACACAACAUUCUGCGCCAGCUCCACUACUUCCUCCUGAAGGGCAAGCGAGCGAUUGCUAAGAGAGAGAGAAGCAGAGGAAGUACGGCCAAAGAGGGUUUGGGCAUCUUUCAGAUCCUAUAACCGAAGAUAUUUAAAAUCAGUAGAGAGGGAAUACCUCAGGGAUAAACGGUGCUGUUCUCAAAAAUCAAGUUGGUUUUUCAGUGUGUAUGUAUAGUGGCCAUCUAUAAUAGUAUAACACUUUAAGGCCUCAGGGCCUGUAUUGCCCACUAUUCUAACAUUUAUUUUAUUUAUUUAUACUUUGGGGGAAAGUGUUAUUUAUUAGUCAUUGUAAAAUUCAUGAUUGUAGGUUUCUUGCACUAAAGUUAUUUAUGAAUAUAAGUUAUUUGAGGUUGAUGAAUUGAUAGAGUGUGAUUUUACUUCAGCACCAUUGAUGGCGCUGCUUUUCAGGCCAAAUUUGUAUCAUUCACUUUUAUAAACAAUGAUUUUAUACUUACAGUACUUUUAAUUAUUUAUUUACAACUAUUAAACUCAAUUUGCUGUGGAUUUAAUUACAAUGCAAUUAGCCGUCUGUUUUUUGAACGCACACAAUAAA